UCACACACUGGUCCUUCGUACGGUUGACAUUCAUGCCUUUGCUGUAUUAUGUGACAAACUUGGGCGAAAAAGCCAAGUUAAAUAAAGUAAAAGCUGGUGUUUUUCUCUCAUAAACUGGACCGGGACCACAGAGAGCAUGUCUCAGUUGUUAAGGCUUUUCCCGUCUGCUCUGUCAUCUUGUCGGUCCGGUUUAGUCCGGUCUCGGUUCUCAGUGACGGCGGCAGGACAGCUCCUCAGAGCCGGGCACGGGGGCUCCAACACACCGAGCUGCUGGCUCUUCAGUCGACCGCCACUGAACUCCCUCUCAUGUCACAGACUGUCAGUUCAGCAGCGAUUUUUCUCCACUGACCCAAAAGAUGGAAAAGAAGGAGGAGGAGGAGGAGGAAGACCAGGUGGAGGGAAGAAAGGAGCUGGAGGAAAGGACUGGUGGAGUCGAAUUCAGAAG